GAUGAAGUGCUGAAAUUCAAACCAACGCACCUCCCAGAGUCCGAGGGUUUACACAAUUACGCCGGAGCUAGGUACGAGGUUGAAGCUUGAUGAGGGUGAACUGGAGCAAUUGGUGAUCUGCAAGCACCGAUAUACAUAUGGAGGAAGGUUUAAGGAUCAAAGUGGUGUUCGAGGACGAGGGCAUCCUCAAUGCCUCCCAGAAAUCAGAGGGUCUGGACAGAAGCUGGCUUCUCAUCAACCCUAAGCAUCACCGAAUCAUAUCUGACCUCUCUUCUUAUCUUCUCCACAACUUCCAACUGCAUAGUUCCUGCUCCCAUGGCCUCCUCCUAUCGAUGGAUGGAUUUGUCUUACCGCCUUUUGAGUCAACUUGUUUCUUCAAAGAUAAAGAUGUGAUCAGUGUGAAGAAGAAGGGCGGCUCAUUGGCUAUUCAAUGUGAUGCAUCUAAUUGUGCGGAUGAUUUCCAAAUUGUUGAGAAAGUAACUGCAAAAACCAAACUGGAGGCUAUGGCUCUACCACAUGAGGUAUUUGACAUUGAAACUGGAGGCUAUGAGGUGCAUGAAUCUGAAAAGGGGGGGAGAGACCAGGUGGAUGAUUGUGACUCAUAUGAUGGAGUUCCAGUCUCCAAGAAAAGAAAGUCAUCAGGGAAGCUUCACAGCCCAAAAAAGAAGAAAAAGUGUCAUCAAGUUGCAGGGGGGUGUAACAUGGAUGAUCAACCAGAGCUAACCAAGGAAUCUAAACAAAAUCUGACAGCCAAGAAAAGUAGUAAAAAUCAACAAAAAGUAUGUGGACCACGCGGGAUGAAUAAGGCUGAAAGUAAUAGAGAAACUGUUGAAAUGAGUGAAAACAAUUUCACUAUGCCUGACAUUACUAAAAAUGAUCAGAUUCUUGAAUCUGGGAAAGAUCAUUUCGCUGUCACAGGAAAGCCAGAGGAAAGAAAAAAGGGCCCUAGCAGGAGUUCGAGGCGACAAUACACCAAGAGGCGGUUGAUUCGGCAAAUGAUUAAAAUUCUAAAAGAAAAUGACAACUCUCAAUUAGAGAGCAAUUCGAAGGGGAUGCAAUCUGUUAAAGAAGGGGCUGCUAGGCUACAAAAAGGGCCUCGGAAAUGGAAGAAGGAACGAGAUAGUGAUCAAAGACAAAAGAAUAAAUCUUGGGCACCGAGGCGAGCCGGAGCUGAAAUAGAAGAAACCCCUGGUCAACCCAAGGGACUCUUAUAUUGGAAGGGGUUGCUUUGCAAGGAUAUGGCUAAAGACAUAAGCAACCAUGCACAUGCAAGUUCCAAAAGUCUCUCAUGUGAUGAGCCUGUUAAGAAUAGUAAUAUCAAUGGUGAGGCUGUUCCUGUUGGAGUAAGGCCAGAACAUAUAUGCUCUGAGCUUUCUGGGAUAGAACAAGCUGUAGCACAGAAUCAAGAUAAAGGGGAUAAAUUUGCUGUGAAUGGCUUAAGCCCAAAAAAGGAUCAGAAACUAAGCAAAAAGAUUUCUCAAGGAAUUGAAAUUAAUGAGCCCCAUAAUGAAUCCUCUGAACUGUCAAGUGCUGAAAUUUUAACACAUGGUCAACCCAAAGGACUUUUAUAUUGGAAGGGGUUGCUUGGCAAGGAUAUGGCUAAAGACAGCAACCAUGCACAUGCAAGUUCCAAAAGUAUCUCCUGUGAUGAGCCUGUUAAGAAUAAUAAUAUUAAUGGUCAAGCUGUUCCUGUUGAAGUAAGGCCAGAACAUGUAUGCUCUGAGCUUUCAGGGAAAGAACAAGCUGUAACACAGAAUCAAGAUAAAGGGGAAAAUUUUGUUGUGAAUGGCAUAAGCCCAAAAAAGGAUCAGAAACAAAGCAACAAGAUUUCUCAAGGAAUUGAAAACAAUGAGCCUCAUAAUGACUCCUCUGAAAUGUCAAGUGCUGAAAUUUUUACACAUGGUAAUGGAUCUAUUGACUUUGCUAAGCUUCCAUCCCUCUAUGAUACACCAAAGGAUGGUGAUGUUAUUGCAUACCGGCUGCUUGAGUUAUCGUCCAACUGGACUGCUGACCUUUCCUCUCACCAUGUUGGCAGAGUGUCGUCAUUCAAUUCUGAAACAAGUAGAGUGUCAUUGAUGCCUGUUGCUGGAUAUCCGUUUUGUUCUAAUAAGCCGCGCGAAGGUGCAUGCACAAUGCUACCUAGUAAUUGUCUUCACAAAGAGGAUGGAUCAGUUGAGAUAGAUUUGUCUUCCCUCGUUGAUGUUCGUGCUCUAAAACCCACCAUGUUUCACUCUUCAAAAGAAGAUUCUGCUCGUGCCAGUGAUGGUCUCACCAGCAACACACCAGAACAUUCAAUUGGCAACAAUCAUAAGUCAAUACCUUAUGUUCAAGAAAACAUGGAUGUAAACCACGAAAACGAAAUGCCUGGUGAUGGCAAAGAAAGUGGCGUGAACCUGUGGGAGCAACUCAGUUCGGCUUUAUCCACCAAGAAAGAGCAACUCUCACAGCAAAGUAGUUGGGGUAAGGUUAGUCCGAGCAAGAGUUUUUGCUCCUACGAAGCUUCCAAAGUUUGCGGGUUUCGGCGUAGACAAAAUUUCUCCAGAUGGAAAAACAAGAGAUGAUCAGAUGAAUUGGAAUAUUGUGUAAAGCGUGGUUAUGUUUGUAUGUAUCUCAAGAAUGUUUGCGCUUUGUUCGGAACUUAGUUGGUAAUAGAACUGCAUUUUGCAAAUUUUUAAGAAAAACCAAUGAGAUCG